CCCCAGCCCGCCCCCAAGAUGAUGAAGCGGCAGCUGCACCGCAUGCGGCAGCUGGCCCAGACGGGCAGCUUGGGACGCACCCCCGAGACUGCUGAGUUCCUGGGUGAGGACCUGCAGCAGGUGGAGCAGCGGCUGGAGCCCGCCAAGCGAGCUGCCCACAAUGUCCACAAACGACUGCAGGCCUGUCUGCAGGGCCAGAGUGGGGCAGACCUGGACAAGCGGGUGAAGAAGCUUCCCCUCAUGGCUCUGUCCACCACCAUGGCCGAGAGCUUCAAGGAGCUGGACCCAGAUUCCAGCCUGGGGAAGGCCUUGGAGAUGAGCUGUGCCAUCGAAAACCAACUGGCCCGCAUCCUGGCCGAGUUUGAGAUGACCCUGGAGAGGGAUGUCCUGCAGCCACUCAGCAGACUGAGUGAGGAGGAGCUGCCAGCCAUCCUCAAGCGCAAGAAAAGCCUGCAGAAGCUGGUGUCCGACUGGAACACCCUCAAGAGCAGGCUCGCUCAGGCAGCUAAGAACUCAGCCGGCGGUCAGGGCCUGGGAGGUGGCCCCGGCAGUCACAGCCACACCACCAUGGCCAACAAGAUGGAGACACUGAAGGAGGAGGAGGAGGAGCUGAAGAGAAAGGUGGAGCAGUGCAAGGACGAGUACCUGGCCGAUCUGUAUCACUUUGCCACCAAGGAAGACACAUAUGCCAACUACUUCAUCCACUUCAUGGAGAUUCAGGCUGAUUUCCAUCGCAAGUCUCUGAGCUCACUGGACACGGCUCUGGCUGAACUGAGGGACAACCACAGCCAAGCAGACCCCUGCCCCUCGAUGACGGCCACCCCCUCCUCCAGGGUGUAUGGGGUGUCGCUGGGAACGCAUCUGCAAGAGCUGGGCCGGGACAUCGCCCUGCCCAUCGAGGCCUGCGUCACCAUGCUGCUUUCUGAGGGCAUGAAGGAAGAGGGCCUCUUCCGUCUGGCCGCCGGGGCCUCCGUGCUGAAGCGCCUGAAGCAGACCAUGGCCUUAGACCCCCGCGGCCUGCAGGAGUUCUGCUCCGACCCCCACGCCGUGGCAGGUGCACUCAAGUCCUAUCUGCGGGAGCUGCCAGAGCCUCUGAUGACCUUUGACCUCUAUGACGAUUGGAUGAGGGCAGCCAGUCUCAAGGAGCUGGAACCCCGGCUGGAGGCCCUCCAAGAGGUGUGCAGCCGCCUGCCCCCCGAGAACCUCAACAACCUCAGGUACCUGCUGAAGUUCCUGGCACGGCUGGCCGAGGAGCAGGAGGUGAACAAGAUGACGCCCAGCAAUAUCGCUAUCGUCCUGGGACCCAACCUGCUGUGGCCCCCUGUGAAAGAAGGGGACCAGGCCCAGCUGAAUGCGGCGUCGGUGUCGUCCAUCCAGGUGGUGGGCGUGGUGGAGGCCCUGAUCCAGGGCGCAAACACGCUCUUCCCUGGAGACAUCAACUUCAACGUGUCAGGCCUCUUCUCAGCACCUGCCCCCGGGGAUGAGGUCAGCAACCGGCAGGCCUCCGAGCAGCUCCCCGAGGUUGAGCUGCCGGCCCCCACCCCUUCCCCCACCGCAGCAACUGCCAAGGAAAGCAGGACAGAGUUCGAGGUGCCUCCCAGGCCCGCCUCCCCCAAGGUCAACAGGAGCCCCCAGGAAGCAGCUGUCCCUGCAGAGGACUCAGCUCGGAAGACCAAGCGCCCAGCGCCAGCCCGGCCCACCGUGCUGCCCCCCCAGGUGUCCGGGACCCGCUCUUCCCCUCCAGUCCCAUUGCUGUCCCCUGGCCCUGGCAGCCCCGGGACCCCCCGGGCUUUGCCUCGUCGUCUGGUUGGCAGCAUCCGGGCCCCCACAGUGCCUCCCCCACUACCCCCCAUGCCCCCCCAGCCUGCACGGCGCCAGAACCGCCGUUCCCCGGCCUCCCCAGGUCCAGCCUCCCCCAGCCCAGUGUCUCUGAACGCACCUGCGGAAGGGGAACUGGGGGUGGCCACAGAGGAAGGAGGGGGGCCUGAGGCUGUGGGCAGGGCCCCCACUCCCCCAGCUGUGCCCCCUUAGCCCCAGCCUAGGAACCUUGCCUCAGAGACUGACUGAGCUGACAGUUCCUCUCUGACACCCCUCGAUGUCCCCAGGACAUGGUUUGUCCUGCCUAGACAUAACCCGCAUCCCAAACAAAGGGGUGGGGGCCUCCAGCCUUUGCCUCCAAGUGCCUCGGUGUCUGCUGGGUCAGCCCCUGUGGCAAGGAGGACUCGGGAUAGUCCUCCCCUUCCAAACCUUUUUCUCUUCCACCCUGGGCUUCAGACACCCCCACCCCUGCCGCCGCCGCCCCGGCUCUCUGGCGAGGUUCCAGGUGAGCUGCUGGAAGGAAGGGGGGCUUGCCUUCGCCUACAGGACUUCUAUUUUUCUCUUACCAACAUAUUUUUUGUACGGCUGGUAAAUAAAUUAUUUUGGACAAAACUGGAAUAGCUGCCCAAGUGAUAGUUUUAUUUUCUGUCCUCAAAAUAAAGACGCCACUGCCAUAAAGGAGGAAAAAUUACCUGCUCUUUUCCUCCUCUCUUCUUCUUUGUCUGCAAUAAUACCUGCCAACAUUUUUUGGGCUUGCUCUUCUGCACAAUAUGCUUUUCUGGGCAUGAUUUCCAUUGGAUCCUCUCUCUGUGAAGAAAACACUAAGGCCAGAAAGUGACCUGCCAAGCUCCCACAGCCACUGAGCUAUGGACCUGGGCCUGUCCCU